AUGCCUCCGGGCAGCGGAAGAAAGCCUUUCCCUGAGUGGGCGGAGGUGGAAGAGACCGGAACAAAAGUUAAAUGCAAACAUUGCAAUCAAGAGGUGAGUGCCAGAAUCGAAAGGAUUAGGGCGCAUCUAAGCGGUUGCAAGAUGAGGAUUUCUCAACGUAAUAAGAACACUGCCAGGUCUCAGCCCUCUUACAUGGAAGGAAACCUGGCAUUAGAAGAUACGCUACCUUUUGAGGAUGAUACUGUGGAGGAUUGUGCUCCUGGUCCUUCAAAAAGGAAACAGUCGCAACCCGCCAUAUCGGCAUAUGGAGUUACAACAUCUAAGAAGCAGAAAGGCGGUCUGGACGCGAAGGUAGCAACGUUUUUCUACGCAUGCAAUGUGCCUUUCAACGUUGCUCAAAGGAAAGAAUUUAAAGACAUGGUGGCAUCACUACGCCCAGGAUAUGGGCCGCCAGACAGAAAACAGCUUGGCGGAAAACUACUGGAUGACGCCUUCCAGGCCGUUGAAGACUCACUCAAGAAAGAGUUGACGUCCGUGAAGUCGGUUACUCUCCUCAUAGAUGGAUGGUCAAGCUGUCAAAAUGACCCGGUAACGGCAGUGAGUGUCCACACAGGCCAAAAGUCGUACCUAUUGGACAUGUAUGACAGUGGAUCACAGAAAAAGACGGCAGAGUACUGUGCUGCACGUGCCGAGGAUGCCAUGAAGAAAAUCCAGGACAAUUUCGGGUGCGACGUUUUUGCGGUGUGUACGGACAACGAGAACAAGAUGCUCAAGAUGAGGAAACUACUCGAAGAGAGCCAUUCAGGUCUGGUAACAUACGGUUGCUCGGCACACUACCUGAACCUUCUUGUAAAGCAGGUCCUGCCUUCGAAACUUCUGAACAAGAUCGUGAGAGUGCAGAAAUAUUUUAAGAAUCACCACCAACCUCAUGGGUGGCUCCAAGAAAAGAAUGGCCUUCUACCUCAACUGCCUUGUGACACUCGAUGGAGCUCUAAUUUCGAAUGUGUGCGGACGUUUCUUGAAAAUUUCCACAAAUACAAUGAAAUUCGGCUUGAGCAUCCUAGUGACUUUUGUUCAGAUGUUGCUGCUGUCCUGGAGAGCCCCGCAAUCUUUACGGACACCCGUCUCAUGAAGGACAUGUUGGGCAUCCUCAACAGUGCUUUAUCACAGCUUCAGAGCGAGAAAGCGACACUGUCGACUGCAGCUCAGACUUGGAUAUCCCUCGAAGUGGCACCGGAGUUGCACCACGUUAAUGCCGAGAUAAAGUACAGGGCAAGCCAAGCUCUUGCGCCAGCGCAUUUUCUUGCAUAUCUGAUGGACCCAUCCGCAGCUCCUGAUAUAUUAAGUCAAGGAAGAGAAGAAAUAGCACUUAACUGGUUAGCUGCAAGACACCCAGAAUUCGUCCCAUUUGUCCUGAAGUUUAAGGUUAAAGACCCCGAAACAUUUCCCCAGUACGUGAUGCUUCCUCAGGUUCUGGAAGAGUUCGUCCCAGGACAAUGGUGGCACGUUUUGGGUAUCCAAUUGAGGGAUUCUCAAAAGCUUCCCGCUACCUUCUGCGACUACUUCGCGAAGUUGCUUUCGUGUACUGCAUCUGCGGCGUCCAUCGAGCGCAUAUUCUCAUCAUGCGGAAUGGUGUGGAGUGCUGUCAGGAAUCGACUUGGGCUCGAGAAGGCAGCGAAGCUUGUGGAGAUCCACCGUCAUUUUAGAAGCGAUUAG